GUCGCAUGGGAUAUCGCCGUCGCAUGUCUCGCGAUCAGCGUGAAGUUCCACCGCGACGUCCUCUACCCGCUUGACGUCAUAUACGCACAUGAGUAUCUCGACCUCGCCCCUCACGCGCUCACGUUCGACGAUCUCGAAAAUGCACAGCGUGACGUGCUCGAGGCGCUCGCCUUCCGUGUCGGGAGCGCUACCCCAGGCGCGUUCAUGGCGGAGCUAUGGGACGCGCUUCCGACGCUCCGGCUGCUCGUCGCGUUCGACGGCGGGUGGGCGGAGACACAGGAGUCUGCGUGGACGAUCUUGUGCAAUGUGCUGCUUGACGCCGACAUGCUGCGGUACCCGAUCUCGCUGCUCACGGCGGCGGCGCUCAUCGAGGGUGUCCUUGAGGUCCUCGCACGGCGAUACAAGACA